GGUUCCAUCUUGCUUCUCGCGUAUUUACUUUGCUACCCUCAGCAGUACGCUUUGCGCUCUCUCGUGCGAGAGUAGGAAACUCCAACUUGUACGCCCUGCUUGUACGCGAGUGAGAGAGAAAGAGAGAGAAGGCAUGCUUCGCCGGUGAGUCGGCUUCCAGCACAACGACGACGCGCCACCACCCCUCGACGUGCACAGCCGCGUCAACAACGGCCGUUUUGCCGCUUCUGCCAGUGCUUCAGCGGCGUGUACAAUCUGCCGGCCAGCAUCCCAGCGCUGUGGGACGUGAAAACGAACGAAACUGAACCUUGUGUGCCAUGGCUCAAGUCAUCUUCUUCGUUGCUGCGCUGGUGUCUCUAGGUUCCUGUCAGCAGAGUCCUGUGAUAUCAUACAUCAGCAAAGAAAUGGUGGUCGGUAUAGGAGACACAGUGGACCUACAGUGUUCUGUGCAGUAUGCUGAGGCGUACCCUAUAAUCUGGGUGAAGAUCAAUGAACGGGAUCCAAGCAACAACCUGUUUAUAUCAUCUGGGAGCAAGGCCAUUGUGCCAGAUCAGAGGUUCUCCAUUCGGCAUGAUGAAGGCAGCAACACAUACACACUACAGAUCACCAAGCUACAGGAAACAGACUCUGGCCUCUACCAGUGCCAAAUUAUCCUGGGACCCACGAGCAAGCUCAGCUCAAAUGUCUACGUUCAUGUCAGAGUGCCUCCGAUUAUAUCGGACAACAGCACAAGGUCUGUGAUAGCCAGCACAGGCCAGAACAUCACUUUGGAGUGCUAUGCUACGGGUCACCCUACGCCGCACAUAUCCUGGCGCCGGGAGAACAAUGACCUGCUGCCCACAGGUGGUGCUGUUUAUCGGGGAAACAUCCUCAGCAUUUUCAACGUCAGCAAGAACGACCGGGGAACAUACUACUGCAUCGCUGACAAUGGUGUCGGCAACGGGGCUCGUAGAAACAUUGGUGUUGAAGUGGAAUUUGCACCAGUGGUCUCUGUGGACCGCCCGAGGUAUGGCCAGGCACUUCAAAACCCUAUGGACCUGUUGUGCCACAUCGAAGCCUUUCCAUCACCGUCCAUCGUGUGGCUUAAGGAUGGUUACCAGCUGAAUGACAAUCAGUACUACCAGAUUUCCAUCUUUUCAACGGCCGAUGAGUUCACCGACUCCACUCUGCGCAUAAUUGCCAUUGAGAAGAAGCAGUACGGAAACUAUACAUGCAAGGCACUAAACAAGUUGGGCUCUGAUGAGAAGAUCAUCGAGUUAUAUGAAACUGUGAACGUGAUCUGCCCGCCAGCGUGUGACAAAUCGUACCAGUCUGGUUCCUCGCAUUUGCAGAGCUCUUUCGCUUGCUUCUUGGUCAUGCUUUUAAUGAUACUUGCCAUUAUGAUGAACAAGCAAUGAGCAUCAUGACCUUAUAUUGAUAUUUUUGUGAAGAAAAAAUGAGCCAUUUUUAUGAACAAGAAGAUUUAGUAUUCUUGAGAGUCCAUGUCAAGUUUUUUUUAAGUGAUGUCUCACAAACGAAAAGAAAGAUUACAGCAGUUUUUAAAUUUUGAAGUAUACGUGUACAGCAAACUUUUCAAAAUGUUACUUCUCAGCUGCUGUUAUGCAGACCCAAAUGUAUAACAGGCACAUUGCUCACCAUUUUUGUGUAUUUUUAACUACUUAACUUGGAUGUAAGUCUCUUACAUGCCUUGUGACAACACAUGUGAGCUGUGGCUAAUCAGCAUAUCAUAAAAGCAGGAACACUCUCUGCUAAUGUGCAUAGUGUGCUAUGCUCUCAACAAAGCAGUAAGGGAGUGCGUGCCAUAAAAAGCCAAUCAUAAGGAAUUGACAGCAUGAGCUGACUUUCUUUUCUGCCAGGUAUUAUUCACUGUAUUGCUACAUUCACUGGACAAUAUAUUUCUACUUCUGGUCAUGGUCCAAAUAAAGAUGAUGAGUUCGCUGCACAUUGUUAGGCUUUGCUUUUAGACACGUUUUCAUUACAAGAACAAUGUUCUGUAUCAUAUAAGAUUAGUCAACUGCGCUUUUACAACUCUAUUAGCUCAGCAACCACCAAUAAUAGCAGGAUGUCUAGUUUAAGAAUAUGGAAAUAGUACAUUUAACCGAUGCUAUACUAGCCCUCACCAUCGGAUUAAACACUGAAAGCAUGUAAUGAAGUUCUUUUAGAACAGAGCUUAGAAAUCAUUACAGCAAGAAGUGGUACCCAAAAUAUCUUCGUGUUUCAUAUUGUCAAAUGGCCCUAUUGAAGGCAUUAAUGCUAUUUUUACAAGCUUACAUGAGCUAGGAAUAAUAAAAGUAUGUCAACAUAAAUAAACUUCAAUCUUUUUUUAUAUUGCAGCUUUCUCAGGUAAAAGUUAACGAUUGCAAUGGGGUUUAGUACAUUGAAUAUUCAGAUGCUUGAAGAGCUGUGAUAACAAAGCAUUCUGUGUUUUCUGAUUUACUUUUGUGAAACUUUCACCACUGCCCCUCUUGGAAACAAAUACCCAGUGUGAAAGAUGAAACGUUGGUAGUUACGUGUUUUUAGUACUUCAGAUUGUUUUGUGGAAUGACACUUAGAAACUGUCUUUGAGAUGCUUUACUUUAGAGCAGAGUGCAGCAUUGGCAUGAGUGCAUGAAAGAAAAACAUCAGCAAAAAUGUUUUAUAAAGUUAAUAUCGCCGAUUUACUUGACUAUCAGGCUAAAUGCUUCAGCCAUAUCAUAAAAAUGUGCGAUAAAAUUGUUCGCUAAAAUACUUUUGAUGCUUACUUAAAUCAUACCGCUCCUUUCUGCCAGCAGUUGUUUUGAUCAGUGUCCAUUUCUUCCUCCUAAAGCCAGCCAUAUGUAUAGUUUCUUAUCUUUUCGGUGAAGAUGUUUGUCAAACAUGUACAUGAUAUUUCUUGAAAUUAUUGAUGUACAUAACAUAUUACUUAUUUCAGUUCUCACAUGAUUAAACAUGUGAAAUACCUUCGUAAGCAAAAAUACAAUAUUGAAAUUCUUCUCACAUCUUGUCUAUAAACCUUCUGUAUAUAUUUAAAAAGCUUGAAUUCAGCAUGUCCUUACAUCAGCAGGUUAGUUGGAGCAUGCAGGAGAACAUUCACAAGUGCUCAUAAACUGAAACAUACCAAAAGUUUUGUUCUGUUUAUAUUAACAAUGAAUCCCCCCCCCAAACUAUAUUUGUGCUAACCAUGUAGAGGUGUGUAAACAUAUGUUAUGCACAGGUAGUCAAUUGAAAAUGAACAGCACAGUACAAGAAGUAAAAUUAAAAGAAAUAUUGAUUGCAUUUCGAGAAGUUUUUGAGUCAGUACCUUUUUCUGUAACAUACAACAAUAAUUAUAUCCUAAUGUCUAAAGUGUAAGGAAGUAUGUUGUGUUUAUUACAAGUUUAAAUGGAGCAUUGUGAACAAAUAAGCAUGUUGUCCUUGAGAUUGCGAAAGGUUAAUGCUUGAACAGAAUAUGCUGAAAUGUGGGAAGAUGAUUAACGUGUUCCAUUACUCAAGUUUGCAUGGUUUAAAUUUACACAUAAGGUUUCCGGGAUAAAGUUUUUUUCAGUUUGCUGUAAUUGUACGUGUAAACGGGGUGACGAGAUGAUUUAAUUAUGAAAUAUAUGUUAGUAUUGUUUGUAUGACCAUUCAAUGACCACAAAAUGAAGCUUAUUUUUCUGUGUUUUUAGAGACUUACCAUAAGAUUGUGUAAUAUAGAAGAAGAGAGCACGAGGUUGAGAAAUUUGUGUUCAUGAAACACAUUGUGUUUUGCCAAGACUGCCUAUUAGCUGCUUUUCGUGCUUGUGCUCGCAGCACACAUGCGUGUCACAGCUAAAGCUAAGCCGAUUGGCUCACAGAAGCCUGAUGAAAGGAAUGGGUUCAUCAGAACUAUUUAGUCUAAGAGCACUGUUAUAAGUAUUUCUAAAUUUGCUGUCUUUGCCACGUCCUCAGAUGUUGUGUCAAACAAGCUUCCUAAAUAUUACAAGUUCUCGACUGGCAAGCAUUUUCACGAGUUCCAAUACAUAAAGCAAUAAUAUGCUUAGUAGCCAUAACUGUUGUGGCAGAUGGAGAAAUGUUUAAAAGGUACUACGGCCUGCUGAUGGUGGCUAAACAUUGCAGAGUUGCAGCAACCGCCUUUUAUUCACAUGCUGCGACAUUGUGAAAGUGUUCCUUAUUUUGUGACUUGUUAUAUGAAGCCUUUCAUUGCAAUUGAUUGGAAACUGAUUUAUUUCAGGACUGAGAUGUUAUAUCUUCCACAGAACAGGAUGCACAGGCGGUGUAUAUAUAUAGUGUAGGGAGUCUCUGGAAUAAUGCUUAAUCUGUUUUAUUUUAUUUAGUUAAAAUAUAGAAAUUGGUUCUCAUGAUCCUAUACUUAUGUCAUAAGAGUGAUAACAGACAUUCAUGUUUGUAUUGCUUUCAAAUAAAGUACACUCAAACCUCGAUAUAACAAAACCUAUUAUAACGAACUAUUGGUUAUAACGAAGUAAAUGAAAAAUAGGUCAGUCACAGAUACAGCAGUGCAAAUAUGUGUUUAUAACAAAUUUUCAGAUAAAGUAUUUUCAUAACAGGUGUGAUUUUGUUAUAAUGAGGUUUGAAUGUAUUUUCAAAUUUUCACUGUUUUAUUCAUGUUAAAACUUUGUUCUGUUCAAAUGACUCACCCCGACUCUGGCUUACGUUGUCCUCUCAAUCAGAUUUCUUGGACAUGUAUAAUCUGGAAAAUCUCAUUUUUGCAUGCUGUAUAUACACAUCAGCGUGGUACCAGAGGUGCCACAUUUCAUUCAUGUAUUCAUUCAAAUAUGUCCCAAUGUGGAAAUCAACUGGCUGUGUAGAGGAGCCUGCCACGUGGCUUUUACAGGUGAAGCAAAGCACGCUUGAACAGACGACAAUUGACAAAAUAAUCUUUAAUCGAUUCCUUUAACAUCUGCAAAACAUUGGAAUAGAGUGUGGCCAUUCCUUAAUACUAGCAGAGCUAUCUACUUCAACAGUACCACUAAAAUUGAAGAUUUGAGACAAGGAGACACUACCUUCAUAGUACUACAAUUUUUUCUGAUUUAAGGCAUGUUCCUUCGUACACUGUACUUCAUAGAGCAAAUUAAAUGUAUCUGUUAAAAUGUCUAGACUUGUGCAAGUCUAUCACAGACCAUGGUGAAUUUGGGGACACAGAGCAUUGAGCACAAAUAUCUAUUUUUGUUUGGUCAAGUAUUACAUAGUGGGCAUUUUGAAUGCAUUACAGCUCUAUAUAUUUGAUGUGUAGUAAAAAGAUUAGAAAUAAAAAGGCAGAGUAGUUGUCUAAACUUUUUUCAACUUUAUGCCCUACCUAGGAGUAGAUGCUGGGGAAGUAAGAGCGUAGACAGAGGUGAAUGGUAUAGUUUAGGGUGGUUAAAAUGAGGGAGGAAUCGGAAAAAAUAUGUGCCCUUCAAUGAUAUUCACUUGUCUGCGAGCUCAGAGUUCCCGUUGUCUCCUUUUCCCAAAUUAUAGCGUCACACUCUUCCCGCGUGUUGUCAAACUUCUCCAUAAAAGCCAAUGGCUGCUACCCUCUAACACUGCUUAAAAACUGGUCAGUGAUCAACUGCUUGUAUUUUCUCACAACAAGCUGUGGAAGGCGUAUAUUUUUGUACUGUCUAGAUUGACGACUAAGACGACCGCAGUGCGGUUUCGACAUGAGUGUGUGGCAUUUUGUUUUACUUGGAAUAAACUUUUCUCAUUCUAUUUUAGUA